AACAGCUGAUUUCGCCCGCAUGCUUCAGUCUAGAAGUCACUUAAAAUUGUGGCUAAUUUUUUAAAUUGAAGGACAAUUGAAUUUGGUUUACCAUGUCGAAACCAAUUACCUUUGUCACCGGCAACGCCAAGAAGCUGGAGGAAUUGGUUGCCAUCUUGGGCCCCAGUUUUCCGCGCACAAUUGUGUCCAAGAAGAUAGAUCUCCCGGAAUUGCAGGGUGACAUCGAUGAGAUUGCCAUCAAGAAGUGUAAGGAGGCAGCUAGACAGGUGAAUGGUCCCGUCCUGGUGGAGGACACCAGUCUGUGCUUCAAUGCUCUCGAAGGAUUGCCCGGUCCGUACAUCAAGUGGUUCUUGGAGAAGCUGCAGCCGGAGGGAUUGCAUCGCCUUCUAACUGGCUGGGAGGACAAGUCCGCCCAGGCUAUCUGCACCUUUGGCUACUGCGAUGGUGUGGAUGCAGAGCCCCUGAUCUUCAAGGGCAUCACCGAGGGCGUAAUCGUAGAGCCUCGCGGUCCGCGUGACUUUGGAUGGGAUCCGGUAUUCCAGCCAAAGGGUUACGAUAAAACCUACGCCGAACUGCCCAAAUCGGAGAAGAACACCAUUUCCCAUCGCUAUCGCGCCUUGGCGCUGCUCCAGCAGCACUUUGAGAAGCUGGACAAGCAAAUAAACUAAGAAUUCAUUUAUUUAAA